AAUGAAUCGGCGAGUGUCUGGAACGGGGAUUCUGCCAGGGCGGUCGACGGAUCGACGACACCUGGCGCCAUUUCCCAAACAGUCAAUCCACUUUUGCUGAAACAAACAUCAUCGCAUCAAAGCAACUUUCGCAUUUUUCGCAGAUUCAACCUUGUCGCUACAGAGAAACACUUUACACUCAACUCUCACUCAUCUUCUGGUUAAAUUGCACUCGCAAAAUGACGUUCAGGGAGGAGUUCCGUUCGAGAAACUUCAGUAUCUACGGACAAUGGACCGGCGUGGUAGCCAUCAUUCUGUGCCUCGCGACUGGCAUCGCUAGCAUUUUCUCGUUUAACGCGAUUCGGAUCAUCUUCAGUGUCCUCGCCAUUGUUUCCGGUCUUAUUCUCAUCUUUGUCGAAGUGCCUUUCCUCCUAAGAAUAUGCCCUACAUCCUCCAAAUUCGACGACUUCAUCCGACGCUUCACGACCAACUGGAUGCGCGCUUCGAUGUACGCCAUCUUGAGUGCCAUACAGUGGAUUAGUCUCGUCUCUGGCGCAUCCAGUCUGAUCGCGGCCGCCGUCGUUCUUCUUCUAGCAGGUCUCUUUUACGCACUUGCUGGUCUGAAGAGUCAAGAGUUCACCAGUAGCAAGACCUUGGGUGGACAAGGACUCGCGCAGAUGAUUGUCUAGUGUGGAGGAACAACCGGGGGAGACUUGCUUUUGCUUUUGCUAUUUUCUUUUUCUUUCUCCAGGUAUGCUAGGUUCCUGUUUAAUGGGCGAUCGAACUUCUUUAUGUCAGCCCGGGUUCCAUGCCGGAACGAACUGACAGGGACGAUCGCAAAUGCAGGAAACGGAGUAAAGAAGAGGAUACAAGUUUCUACUUCGCAUUUAUGCGCAACGAUUACGAACUUGGAUCUGCUGUUCUUGACUACGUCAGUGGAUGGACUCAUGUAUUU